AUGGAGGAGUUAAAGGAAAAGUAUCCAGACUAUGAAGAAAUGGAUAUGGAAACUUUAGAUAGCGAAUUACCGUACCUUGACAAGGAUCUUAGGGAAAGCGAAACUACUGAGGAGACCCAGGAUAUUAACGAGGAAAUUAAUUACGUACAGGAACUUAGGAGGAGAAAAAUAUUGGAAAUAUAUGAAAGCAAAGACCUUACGAGAGAGCAAUUAGCUGAGAAAUUCCCUGACCUAUCUAAUCUGUCAUACGAUGAUCUAAUGGAUAGGGGAGACAGACUGUUAAAUGAAAUAAUACUAUCCAAUUUGGACGAAGACAGUUUCAAAGAAAAGUCGGAAGAACUGAGAUACGUCAGGAUGCUAUCAAAUGAUUACCAAAGAGAGUCAAACUUAAAUAAACUUCUCAACUUAAGAGAUAAGCUGAAAAAGAGGGAUCUCAUUAAACGGGAUGAUCGUAGGAGACUGCAGAGGCUCAGGUUAUGGGCAAGGGAGAAUGCAGGCAUCUUAUCAGCUGUUCUAAUUUCCUCAUCAGCUGUAAUCAUAGGACUGGUAGCAUCAACUAGAAACAUAUUGUGGAAAGUAGGUGACACAACAGAAAAGCUCGAUAAGCGGAUCAGUGAGUUGGUAAACCACCAAAUAGAACUACCACCUGUAUUUCAGAAGAUAGCCGAUGGAGUAGAGAUAGCAGCGGAUAAUAUAUGGAUAAUCAUUGUAUGUGCAGCAGUAGUUUUACUAUGCAAAUACAACUAA